AUGUACAAAGGUUCAAUCCCUUCAAGUUCUAUACUCCUGUUAAUUCUUGGUUUUUUACCUACUAAUGUGAAUCACAUCGGCGAUCAAAGUGAAUCCUGCCAAGGCCGUGAAGGAGAAAGCUACUCCGGCAGUCGAAGCCGUCGUCUCCGCCCAAAAUCCACCUCCACUGCUAACGAUGAAGUUAUAGAUUUUGAUGCCUUGAGCAACAUUAGAGCCACUGAAGCUGAAGAAGAGGAAAAGUAA